GGCGGGACCUGUGAGUAGACGGGGCCUGGAGGGCGGGUCGGAGCCAGCAGGGGCGCACCGAGCACAGGGCCUAGCCCCGCCCCCCCGUGGCCAAGAUCACUUCCGCGCGGCCUGACACCCUUCUUCCUUCUCCCCUGCCUCGAGGCAAGCACGCCUGCGCACGCAGGCAGAGGCGCUGCGGCGCCUUUUGAUUGGCUCUCGUCAGGGAGGGGCGCGGUCACGUGGCCGGAAGAGGCGUCCCUCGAGGUUUGAAUAGCGGGAGACGCGGCGAGCGGGGAACGCGUGCACGGGCGGGAGGGUGUGAGCUCCUGGCAGGAUGCUGGUCGCGUGUGGCAUGCAGCGAUGUCACCAGGAAGCGCUAAAGAGGAACCGGGUGAUGUUGGCGAAGCAGCUGGUUUUGAAAGAGCUGAUGGAGCACCUGAUAGAGAAGGACAUAAUCACCGCGGAGAUGGUGGAGACGAUCCAGGCAAAGUCUGGGAGCUUCAGCCAAAAUGUGGAAUUCCUCAAUUUGUUGCCCAAGAGGGGCCCUAAUGCCUUCUCAGCUUUCUGUGAAGCUCUACGAGAAACCAAACAACAACAUCUGGAGGCAAUGAUCUUGAAGACAACAUCCACUCUGAGCCAAGGAAUUGCAAGGCUUGAACACUGUUGUGGAUCAAAUCUUGAAUUCCCUGCCAGCGAAUCAUGUAAUCCAAAGAGACCACGCUGGAUUGAACCAAUGGAACAUUCCUUGGAUAAUGGAGAUGGUCCCUCAAUUCCUCUAGUGAAGUGCUGCACACCUGAAUUUUAUCAUGAUCAUCAGCACUUGGCAUAUAAACUGAUAUCAGAGCCCCGAGGCUUAGCACUUAUUCUCAGCAAUAUCCAUUUCAGCAGUGAGAAGGACUUGGAGUAUCGUUCAGGGGGAGACGUGGACUGUACUUCUCUGGAGAUGCUUUUCAAGCAUCUUGGGUAUCAAGUGACUGUCUUUCAUGACCAAACUGCACAGGAGAUGCAGAAUGCACUGGAGAGAUUCUCUAAGCUGCCAGAUCAUCAGGAUGUGGAUUCCUGUAUUGUAGCUUUACUUUCUCAUGGCGUGGAGGGUGGGGUUUACGGCAGUGAUGGCAAACUGCUACAGUUGCAGGAGGCUUUCCGGCUCUUUGAUAAUGCAAACUGUCCAAAUCUGCAGAACAAGCCCAAAAUGUUCUUUAUUCAGGCCUGCCGGGGAGAUGAGACAGACCGGGGAGUGGAUCAAAGAGAUGGGAAAGAACGGUCAGAUUCCCCAGGCUGUGAGGAGAGUGAUGCAAACAAGGAAGAAGAUCUCAAGCUGCGUCUGCCUACGUGCUCUGAUAUGAUCUGUGGAUAUGCUUGUCUGAAAGGCACUGCAGCCAUGCGAAACACCAAGCGUGGAUCCUGGUAUAUCGAGGCUCUCACCACUGUGUUUGCAGAGGAUUCCCGAGACACUCAUGUGGCUGACAUGUUGGUCAAGGUAAAUAGGCAAAUCAAGCAACGAGAAGGUUAUGCCCCAGGCACAGAAUUUCAUCGCUGCAAGGAAAUGUCAGAGUAUUGUAGCACGCUCUGUCGGGACCUUUACCUGUUUCCUGGCUAUCUGCCAGGAAAAUAACCCUGCCAGCUCUGUUGGAAGAGAGAUACUGCCAAAGCUGAACUUGGAGUAUGAAUAUCUACAUUUUCAUUCUUGGGAGCUGUGACAUCAGAUGCACAAGCAAGGAAUGCUUGUUCCUGUCUGUUCAGUCCCAUUCUUGAUGUCUUUUUCUAAAAUAAUCUGGCAACUCUUUGUAAUCUGAUUCAGUGCAGGGUUUAAAAUUCUAAUAUCCUGAUUUGUUCCAUAUGUAUAGAAAUUGAUGGAAGGAGGAGAAUUGGCACUGGGACUGGGAAGAAGUGGGAAUAUCCUUUGGAAGGAGACAGAAGAAGGACGCUUGUAAGCAAAGUGAAUGUGAAAGGGAAAACAAAGUAUUUGUAAAGGGUUUUUUAAAAGUUAAGCCUUUUUGAGAAGAUUAUGUAUAAAAUACUACUUAUCUUAUGCUUGUAUUUUAAAAUACUUUCUGUCUGGUUUUUCAUGCAGGGCAGUCUGCUCCGGUGCACAUUAGUAAAAGGCUCCUUGAAAAGGAGAAUCCUUCCCCUCUCUUAAAUGGAAAGUUAUUUUUUUUCCAGUACUUGGCACUUUCCUAUCAGUCUUGAUCGCCUGAAAGUCUACUUUUGCACAUUCCCACUGUAUCAGAGAUAUCAAGAGAACUACAAGACAUCCCAAAUUGUCAGCAAAACAAAUAUCCAGGACUUCUCAUACUGACUAAUAGGCCUCCAUAAGCUGCCUGAGAAACAAGAUUUGAAUCUAGAAAUUCUGGAUUAGCUCCCCGUAGUGGAGAACUGCAUGGACUAUUACUUUAGAGAAAUUUGUUUGCUAUGGUACCUGUGUGUUACAACAGGUAUAGCGAUCAAUCCACCAGCUUCUCAGGAUUCUAUGAAUUGUACUGUACGGCUGAAUCCCUGAAACCCUACAGCCUUGAACAGUUUUGUUAAUUAAACAAAAACUUUUGUACAAGGCAGCUCCAAGGUCUAAGCAUGCUGCUUAGAUUAUUUAUCACUGCAGUUUGCUUCCCUUUUAAAUGAAAGGGAAGUUUCACGUUAUUACCAUGUUAUGUGAGUAACAUGGUUAUGUUAUCUCUUCAGCCAUGAUAAUUCAAAGCUGCUUGCUUAGCAAAUAUUGUUUGCAAAGUGUCAUUUCAGCUGAUCAGUAAGAAAUGCUUUGCCAUAAUCCAUCACUUCUGGAAAUUUCCUACAGAGUCUCUUCAUGCUCUAAUUUGUCUCGUGCCUGUGUCUAUUUGCAGUUAAUCCCAUUUGAUGUGACAUGGGAGACGGCAUUUUUCUCUCUUUCUGAUUGAGCCUGAUAUACUGGGUUACAUAUGGAGUAUAGUCUGUGCACUUGAGUCUCUGUCUUUUCCAUUUUGUACCAGUAAACUGGCAUAGUUCCUGGCUUACUCUUUUUAUAUAAAUGUGGCUUUUUAAACUUUUUCUUUCAGGCUAGAAUUAUGAAUAGGAAGCACAAAAAGAUGUGGAGGAAAGCUGGAAAAUCAGGCAUGUGCUUUUAAACUGUUCUGCCUAGGAAAAUGAAGGCUGUUUCCUCCAGCUGACAAAGGUGCAACAUUAACGUGCAUCUUGCACUUACGUUACAUACAACAUGUGAUAAACAGAACAAGAAUCAUACUUGCCAAUUGGUGCCUUACUUUGAAGUUGAGGAUACGGUUUAGGGGCUGUCCUGGAGUAUAAACGCUUUGUUCCUAUGCUCCCUCUUUCAAACAGUGCAAUAUUUUACAGAUAUUGAUGAAGCAGUCCACUCUGAGAUUUCUGUAGGAUUGCAUCAAUUUUCGUUAUCACUGCCACUUUCCUAUCUGUUUUUUAUACGUAUGUUUUAUUGCCUUGAGAUGUCAAAAUAAAGAAUUCUUGUUUGA